AGUCGUCAGCAGUUUAGUUUGAUCCAACAACAACAACAAUGGCGGAGCCAUCUCAAAAGAGGCAGAAAACUGAGGAAGACGCAGAUUUUAAGCAGAUCAAUGACUUCUUGCAAAAAGACAAAAACCGAAGUUACUUAAAAAUGAUUUUGGAUCAAAUUAAUUUUGGUGUAGGUAAUACAAGUGUGUAUUUUGUUCAAGUGAGGGGUGCAAAUGCCAGUGUGAACAGUAAAUUUAGCACAGCAACGAUUGAUGCUGAUUUCAUCAAGAAAGGGCAAGAUCAGAUGUUAUUUGUGCCACUUGCUCUAUUUUUUGGACGGGGAUUCGGUAUUCUUUCAAGUUUGGUAAACAAAGAUGAGGUACCAGAGGAUAUGGAUGAACGUCGGGCUCUUCUAGGAUUGAUCAAGUUUCUAGAAAGAACUGCAGAGCAGUCAGUUCUUCUUGACAGAGACAAAGAAUCUGCAGCAGCAUUAGCAAUACAUCUUGCUCAGCAUUUGUUGGUACCACUUGUACCACAAAAAACCUAUGUAAUUGAUUCCUAUUCUGGUCUACAAUAUGAAAAAUGUUGUUCAGUUGAGCAUCCCAUGAAUGGAACAGAAGGAGAUACAUCAUAUGGCUGUCCCUACGGCUGGCAUGGACGUGUUGAUGUCUUGUUAAUGGAUGCUGAAAUACCAUUAUCGGUAGUUAAUUCUUCAGGUGUUGAAGGGGAUGCUGAUACUGCAUCUGUGGUGUCUGACUCAUCAGUGGAAGAAAAUGAAAGUGACACAUUUUCACCAGAUAGUAUUUCACAAGUUAUAGCUCAGACUAUAGUUUAUUCAUUUGUACAGCACAAGAAAAAUCCUGUGUCAUCAAACUCAAUGGUGCCUGGAAUAGGAAUUUGUUCAAAUAAGAUGGUUUUGUACCUGUACGAUUGUGUUGAAGAUAUUUUACUUGCAAGUGGUCCAGUACGUCUGUUUGCAGACACGAAAGUAAACACCCGUGCUAUUAUUAUUCUCUGGUUAGCAUUAAACUAUAAACUGUUUGGUAAUACAACCCUUCCUGAGUACAAGAAAUACACUUCGAAAUUUCAUGAGCUUAUUGGCCCAGUAACCUUGAAAAGGUAUCAGGAGGAAUCUGAACAGCCUUUUGAAAGAAAAUUAGAGAAUGAGGAUUUUUUCAAGACCCACGAUGAUCUUGAGGCAAAAGAAAGGAAUUUUGGGGAUGACGCUCCUUUAGCAGCUGAAGCUGUGCCUAAAAAUAUAAAGACUAUUCCAUUGAAAUUACUACUUGGUUUGUAGCCUCCUGGCAAGAGGCUUUCUCAAAUUUGUUUAAAUGAGGGUACUCACCCUGAAAGGGACAGAGGUUUAUAGCUAAAGCAUUAUCACUGUCAGGUCCUCUGCUA